CUAAAUAUUUAAAGAGUUUUUGCUUCUCAUCGUCACGCCAUCUUCCUCUGUUCGAUCCAAUUCACUCAUCAUGUAGAGUGGGGGAUAGAGAGAGAGAGAGAGAGCAUGUUGUGAGAAAGUGCUCUUCCAACGUAGAAAGCACGUAGACCAGAGAGAGAGAGAGAGAGAGAGAGAGAGAGAGAUCCAAAGGAUGCUUUUUGAGAGAGUACUUCCUCUGUUUCUGUGAUAAAUCUCUGACCUCUGCUACUACUCUGCUUUUUUUGUUUUUUUUUUAUCUGCGUUUUUAAGGAUGUGAAUAAGCGGUUCUCUUCCAUUUCCUUGCUUUCUCGUGGACUGCUGAUACCAGCUCUAUAGACGGAUCUUCUUCUCAUCUUUCUUGAUAUUUAAUGUGAACUUGUAAGCCUGUUUGUCAGCAAGAAGGACUGCUAUAUUGUACUUGGACACCUGGCUAGCUAAAUCAUCAAGAGACCAUUUCUUGUCUUCCUUGAACAGGGACAAGAUAUCUGCUGGUUGAUUGGAGAAAGAAAGCGAAUUCAAUGGCUAAAGUUUGUUGGCCAUACUUUGAUCCUGAGUAUGAGAACUUGAGCACUAGAAUCAAUCCACCAAGGGUAUCUGUUGAUAACACUAGUUGCAAUGAUUGUACUCUAAUAAAGGUUGACAGCAUGAACAAACCAGGAAUUCUUCUGGAAGUGGUGCAAAUCCUAACUGAUCUUGACCUUAUCAUCACCAAGGCUUACAUAUCCUCAGAUGGAGGAUGGUUUAUGGACAUAUUUCAUGUCACUGAUCAACAAGGAAAGAAGAUCAUGGAUGGUAAAACCAUUGACUACAUAGAGAAGGCUUUAGGUCCAAAAGAGUACAACAAAGAUGAAUUGAAGGCUUGGCCUGGCAAACGGGUAGGAGUGCACUCUGUUGGUGAUCACACGGCCAUUGAACUCAUUGGCAGGGAUCGUCCAGGUCUCUUAUCUGAGAUUACUGCUGUCCUUGCCAACCUUCACUUCAAUGUGGUUGCUGCUGAAGUUUGGACACAUAAUAGACGGAUAGCUUGUGUCGUUUAUGUCAAUGAUGACACUACUUGCCGUGCUGUUGAUGACCCAAACAGAUUAUCUGUUACGGAGGAGCAGCUUAAGAACAUUUUACGUGGGUGCGAGGAUGAUGAGAAAGCAGCUCGUACCAGCUUCUCCAUGGGGUUCACCCAUAUUGAUCGAAGGCUACACCAAAUGUUUUUUGCAGAUAGGGAUUAUGAAGGUGUCGGAGUGACAAAUGAGGUUGAUUAUCCUGCCUCCUUCAAGCCAAAGAUCACAGUUGAGCGUUGCGGGGAAAAGGAUUAUUCAGUGGUUAGUGUUUGGUGCAAAGAUCGAGCAAAAUUGCUGUUUGACAUUGUGUGCACACUCACAGACAUGCAAUAUGUUGUUUUUCAUGCCACAAUAUCAUCUGAUGGCCCCCAUGCACUGCAGGAGUAUUAUAUCCGUCACAUGGAUGGUUGCACACUUGAUACUGAAGGAGAGAAAGAAAGAGUCAUCAAAUGUCUUGAAGCUGCAAUUGGGAGAAGAGUAAGCGAGGGUCUGAGCUUGGAGCUCUGUGCAAAGGACAGAGUAGGCUUGCUGUCUGAAGUAACAAGGGUUCUGAGAGAGAAUGGAUUAUCUGUUACAAGAGCUGGCGUAACAACAGUCGGAGAGCAAGCAAUGAAUGUAUUUUAUGUGAGAGAUGCUUCAGGGAACCCAGUGGACAUGAAGACUAUCGAAGCUCUUCGAAAAGAAAUUGGACACACCAUGAUGCUUGAUGUGAAAAAACCUACUGCUAGUGCAAGGGAACCUGAAGCCAAAGGAUGGGCAAAAACGAGCUUCUUCUUUGGUAACUUGUUCGAAAGGUUCUUGGCUUGAAAAUCAUGUCCAUAUAAUAUAAUGUAACAGAAACUAUGAACUGUAUAGAACAAUAAAAUAUGGGCAAGGCUUGUAAUUGUAUACUUGCUUGUGUACGUAUGGCAUAAAUAUAACUUGCAAGCUAAUGAAGUUUGUGCUUUUAUUUUU